GAACAGUCCUCCUCUAAUGAGGAGAUUUGAGAGACACCGAAGAGAGAGAGAGCGAGAGAGAGACCCAACCAUAAGGAGAAAGGGGGAAAUGAGAUGACAACAGAAUGCAGGCUGUGAUACAUAAAAGAGCAUGAUGUAUUGAAUCAGAGGAAAAGGAGAAAUAAAUCUGGAUUUCUCACCGGCAAGGGAGCAAGAAUAAAAGCAUCAGUAUCGCUAAACCACUUAAGGACGUGGAUUAAAAAAGAGAGAGGGAAAGGGAAAGGAGAGGAGGAAAAUAAUCAGAUCACUUGUUUAUUUUCAUGGUCCGUGUGCGCACUUGCUGUCUGUGAGAGUGUGCAUAUGUGUGUGCGCAUAUGGGAAGAGACUGCAUUGCUGUUCACUAGCAGAGGCAUCAGGAGAGAACCAAGCUGAAUCCCUCUUUUUUCUUUCUCUCUCUCUAUUUCUGUGUUGCACUGUGUGGCAGGAGCAUGUUGGGUGGGUUGAGUACAAAAGACAAGCUGAGCUAGCCAAAAGAGAUGGACCUGUAACGCUGUAAAUGCUGUUGGAUCUGGCCAGUGGCUGACUGGUAGCUGUGUGGGAUCCCAGGUUUCUAGGUGGAGCCUGGUGGUCUUCAGCUGACUGGUAGCUGUGUGGGAUCGCAGGUUUCUAGGUGGAGCCUGGUGGUCUUCAGCUGACUGGUAGCUGUGUGGGAUCCCAGGUUUCUAGGUGGAGCCUGGUGGUCUUCAGCUGACUGGUAGCUGUGUGGGAUCCCAGGUUUCUAGGUGGAGCCUGGUGGUCUUCAGCUGACUGGUAGCUGUGUGGGAUUGCAGGUUUCUAGGUGGAGCCUGGUGGUCUUCAGCAGACUUGUAGCUGUGUGGGAUCCCAGGUUUCUAGGUGGAGCCUGGUGGUCUUCAGCAGACUUGUAGCUGUGUGGGAUCCCAGGUUUCUAGGUGGAGCCUGGUGGUCUUCAGCAGACUUGUAGCUGUGUGGGAUCCCAGGUUUCUAGGUGGAGCCUGGUGGUCUUCAGCUGACUGGUAGCUGGGUGGGAUCCCAGGUUUCUAGGUGGAGCCUGGUGGUCUUUAGCUGCAAGGGAGAGUUAAAGCUAAAAGCCCCAGAGAGGAGGAGGCACAAGCAGCUGGGAGUGUGCCGGCGGUGGGGCCCUGCGUGGAGGGAGGGGGCCAGAACCUAAACCCCAAAGAAAAGGAGUUUGCUGCGUUUGUGUUGGCAGGGAGGACGCAUGGCUGGCGUGGGCCUUCCCCCUUCUGUGAGCUGCAGCUGUAGGAGAUUGGACCGGGAGUGACAGUGAACCAAACCUCCAGGAUAAUGGUUUGAAGAGGUUCCCGCUGCUCCUCCCUGGCCUGACAGGAGGGACCCCACACUCUGGGGGUCUAUUUUGCUUUUUCCUCUUUUUAUUUUUCUCUUUAGGUCAACCCGGGGGAUUUGUUUGGGUGUCUUCCUCCCCCCACACCUCAUCAUCAUCACUAACCCUACCUCCAACUCUGUUUUUAGUUUGUUUUCUUUUUUUGAGAUUUGGGGGAUUUGCCAAAACCUAUUUCAUGCAUGUCCACUGGGGGCAGGUUCAACUUUGAUGAUGGGGGGUCAUACUGUGGGGGGUGGGAGGAAGGCAAAGCCCACGGCCAUGGCAUCUGUACUGGGCCGAAGGGCCAAGGCGAGUACUCAGGGUCCUGGAGCCAUGGCUUUGAGGUGGUGGGGGUGUACACAUGGCCCAGUGGGAACACCUACCAGGGCACCUGGGCGCAGGGCAAGCGCCAUGGGAUUGGAAUGGAGAACAAGGGCAAGUGGGUGUAUAAGGGGGAGUGGACAAGUGGAUUUAAGGGACGCUACGGCCUCAGGGAGAGCACCGGCACCAGCGGGAAGUACGAGGGGACCUGGAACAACGGUCUUCAGGACGGAUACGGCACUGAGACCUACUCUGAUGGAGGUACGUACCAAGGCCAGUGGGUGGGGGGGAUGCGGCAUGGAUACGGCAUGCGGCAGAGUGUGCCAUACGGCAUGGCAGCCGUCAUCCGCUCUCCGCUGCGUACCUCCAUAAACUCCUUGCGCUCGGAGCACAGUAACGGGACGGCUCUGCUCGCGGACCGGGCCGGCGUGGGGAGUGUGGGUGGGACAGGCUCCACCGGCAGUCCGGCAGUGUCGCGGGGGGGCUUCGUGCUCACUGCACACAGCGAGGCAGAGCUGCUGAAGGGCAAGAAAAAGGGUCUGUUCCGAGGUCGCUCCAUCCUCAGCGGACUUAAACUGAGGAAGUCCGAGUCCAAGAGCUCCCUGGCCAGCCAGCGCUCCAAGCAGAGCUCGUUCCGCAGCGAGGCAGGCAUGAGCACAGUCAGCUCGGUCAACUCUGACAUCAACUCCACCAUCAGCCUGGGAGAGGGCGAAGCCGAGCUGGCCGUUGUCGAGGACGACGUGGACGCCACGGCAACAGAGACCUACUGCGGCGAGUGGAAGAACGACAAGCGCACGGGAUGUGGGGUGAGCCGGCGCUCGGACGGCCUGCACUAUGAGGGUGAGUGGGUGGGAAACAAGCGGCACGGGUACGGCUGCACCACCUUCCCUGACGGGACCAAGGAGGAGGGCAAGUACAAGCAGAACGUCCUGGUGAGCGGCAAAAGGAAGAACCUGAUCCCCCUCCGAGCCAGUAAGAUCAGAGAGAAGGUGGACCGGGCUGUGGAUGCGGCCGAAAAGGCUGCGGACAUCGCCAAUCAGAAGGCUGAGAUCGCCAUGUCCAGGACGGCCCAUGCACGGGGGAAGGCGGAGGCGGCCAUGGGAGCCAGCCAGAAGGCCCAGGAGGAGUGUCGCCUCGCCAGGGUCACCGCCAAACGGUUCUCCCCCUCCUUCCAGCACCGUGAAAACGAGUCGUGGCUGAAUGACGACAUGGAUAACAUACAGCUGGCUGGGUUUUCUGUCCAUCGGCAAGAUAGAACAGCUGCCUCCGGAGUAGAGGUCCAAAGGCCAAAGCAUCAGAACUCCAGUGAGAACGACAUUGAGGUGAUCUCCAGUGGCACGGGGCCAGACAGUCCUGAACUCUACAUAAAGGGCACCACAUCUCCCAACCUGACCCCUGAAAUUAGCCCUGAGGCCAGCCACCCCUCCUCGCCCCCCUGCAGCCCCACCACCUCCAAGCCAUACCGCACCAAGAACGCACGCUUCCUGCGGCAGAGUGCUGUGGACGACGCUGGGGGUGGUGGUGGUGGGGGCGGUGGGGGAGGGGGCAGUGGUGGCCAGGAGAUCCAGGUACUGAUGGAGGGCCGUGGAGGGGGGGAGUACCUAAGGGCCAACAGCUGGAGCGAGGACAAACGCUCUUCUAAAGAGGGCAGCAGGGGGGGCAGCAGGGGCAGCAGUCGCUCCACCACCCCCUCUGUCCAGGACGAGGCCAGGGGCCGCACCAACGGCCAUAAGCACGCCUCCUCCAGUCACAAGUCUCGAGAGCAUGGCUCGUCCAAUCACAAGGCCUCCAGGGACCGAUGGUCGGACUGCCCGUCGGCAUCGUGGAGGUCCCAGCGGACGCACAGUGGUGACACGCGGCUGCUGGAGCAGGAUGAGGAGAAGCUGAGCAACUACGAGAUGGAGAUGAGGCCUCUGCAGCCCAUGGACUCCAACUCCCAGAAGCCCUAUGGGUUGGGAGAGGAGCGCCAUGGUCACAGUGGCGAGGCCCGCUCCCACACGCUGCAGAGACAGCGGCCUUCUAAGACCCGGGAGGCCAGGGAAAGGGAGGCGGCAUGGCCGUCAGGAGCACGGGAGGGCAAAGAGAGAAAGGAGGGACCGGCCCCAGACUCAAUGCAAAAGCUGGACAGUCUGAGCAUGGGGGACAAGCUGGAGGCUCGGCCUCUGCGCAGGGAUCUUACCCUCUCCCCCCCACAGAAAUCCUCACCCAUUGCACUAGAACACGACGACGACAAGAAACUAACCCAGCUCAAAGCAAACUCGGGCUCCAGCUCAAUUCUGGUCGUCAUGGUGAUUUUGCUCAACAUUGGAGUCGCAAUUUUGUUUAUUCACUUUUUUAUUUAAAACUGGAUUGCCUAUUAAUUCCUAUUAUUAUCUAUGCUAUUAUUAUAACAUAUUAUGAGUAUUAUCAUGACUAUACAGCCCUUGGCCAUUUGACACUAUGUAAAGAGUACAGUAAGAGGAUUAACAAUAUGGGGAUAAAGCUGGUUCCCAAUGCCCAGAUUUCAGAUAAGCAGUGAUCUGCAAAAAAAAAAAAAAAAAAUGUAAUUCUUUCUCUCCCUGACAUUACCUGUUUUUCAUCUUAAAUCAUUGUUUAAAAAAGGUUUGUAACUUAUAAUUUAACUUAUUAAUUUGCUCAUGUAUGAUAUAUUCAUUUAAAUCAUUUUUUAUUCCUUACUUGCCUUUUCUCUGUUAAUAUUGCUGAUGUUCUUUUGGUUUAGUUUGUUUGGAAUGGUAGACUCAGAUGAGCACUUCUUGUAUAAUGGUGUAGCGGGUCGAAUGAGACAGGAUAUGAUGUAUCUAGUCUGGUUAUGGCUGUGUCCACCUGACCUGGGUUCAAAAACUAUUUGACAUCAUUUAAAAUACUUUAGCUGUGCUUGAUUGGUCUUGUCUGUUGCAAUGGAAACAAUAGAAAAGUCUGAAAAGUGCAAAACCCUGCCUACCUGGUGGUCGAGGCAGGCUAAAGCAAAUGCUGAAAUUAUUUGAAAGAUUUCAAGUAGUAUUUGAACCCAGGUGUGUUGUCCACCCAGGUAAUACAAGG